AUGGCAACCGUACCUGACUACUCACGACCGACUACGCCUGACAAUGGCCCCAAUGGUCUUGUCUCACCUCGCACACCGAAGACAGGCCUCGCUCUUACCGAGUACAGCGCAAACCCGAGUCCGCCUUCCGAAUCGAACAUUUCACGAACCAACCAUGUCAUACCCGAAGCGUUUCUUCUGCCCAACGGCCACCCCGACUAUCUCCGUCUGAUCCUCACUUCGCGCGUCUACGAAGCUGUUCAGGAAACGCCUCUCACUCACGCGACCAAUCUGAGCAACAGGCUAGAAUGCAAUGUUCUGCUCAAGCGUGAGGAUUUACAGCCUGUGUUCAGCUUCAAGCUACGCGGUGCAUACAACAAAAUGGCACACUUGGACCCAAAGGACAGAUGGAAAGGUGUCGUUGCAUGUAGCGCUGGAAACCAUGCACAAGGUGUAGCAUACUCUGCGCGCAAACUCAAGAUUCCCGCGACCAUUGUCAUGCCUUCUGGAACUCCCGAUAUCAAACACAAGAAUGUCUCACGUCUAGGAGGCUCAGUCAUACUACACGGCGCUGACUUCGAUGCUGCAAAGGCAGAGGCUGCAAGAUUGGAGAAGCUGCAUGGGCUUAUAUCUAUACCGCCAUUCGAUGAUCCGUAUGUCAUCGCAGGUCAGGGUACAGUUGGCAUGGAGUUGCUGCGACAGACAAACUUGCAAGACCUCAAGGCCGUCUUUUGCUGUGUCGGGGGUGGAGGACUCAUCGCAGGCACAGGUGUAUACAUUAAACGGAUAGCACCACACGUCAAGAUCAUAGGAGUAGAGCAAUACGACGCGAACGCCAUGGUAGAAUCGCUCAAGGCCGGAAAGCGCGUCUUCUUAAAGGACGUAGGGUUGUUCGCAGAUGGAGCCGCAGUCAAGACAGUAGGAGAGGAAACGUUCAGGAUAUGUCAAGAGGUGGUCGAUGAGGUAGUCCAAGUUACAACAGACGAGACAUGUGCAGCCAUCAAGGACAUGUUCGAAGAUACACGCUCUAUUGUGGAGCCCGCCGGCGCACUCGCCCUUGCGGGUCUGAAGAAGUGGGUGAGCCGCAAUCCCUCACCAGACCGCAACCGUGGUUUGGUUGCUAUUGCAAGUGGCGCAAACAUGAACUUCGACCGUCUCCGCUUCGUCGCCGAACGCGCCGCCAUCGGUGAGAACAAAGAAGCCAUCUUGUCCGUCACAAUCCCUGAACAACCCGGUGCCUUUGCAAAGCUGGUUUCCAUCAUUCACCCAAUGGCCGUCACAGAGUUCAGCUACCGCUACUCCGGUCCCGACUCCGCCCAGAUCCUUGUUGGUGUCGAACUGAAGGCUGCAACGCGAGCCCGCGACCUACCCGACCUCAUCGAUCGCCUUAGCGCUGAAGGCAUGACUGCUGAAGAUCUGUCCCAAGACGAACUUGCAAAGUCGCAUAUUCGCUACCUGGUCGGAGGUCGCAGCAACGCAGCCGACGAGCAUCUCUACAUGUUUGAGUUCCCUGAGCGAGGAGGUGCACUAUACAAGUUCCUAAACACACUGCAACCGGGGAUGAACAUCAGUCUUUUCCACUACAGGAAUUACGGAGGAGACGUUGCGAAGAUCCUGGCAGGUAUACAGUGCAAGGAGGAGGACAGUAGCAAGUUGGCGAGCUUCUUGAAGGACAUUGGGUAUCCGUACAAGGAAGUGACCAACAGCCCAAGUUACAAGAUGUUCUUGAGGCAUUGA